UGUCCCACUCUAUCUCCUGUUUCAUCUUAUGAUCAACCUCCUGUUGGUGGUGUGCUCCAGUCAGAUGAGCUCGAAAAGAUCCUCUCGGAUUUCUCAGACGAGAAUCUCGAGUUCGAUCUCGACCAGCUCGUCAAUCAACUACCAGAAGAAGAACGUACGCAACAGCUUAACGUGCAGCCAAGCUCUAGCGUUGAGCCGUUAUGCACCCAGCCACCUUGCCCUUCUUCCGGAAGCACAUCGCCACUGGAUGCGAGUGUCAUGAGCUCUUCAAGGUAA